GGAGCCGAGCGCGGCCGGGACGCGCGCACAGUCUGUCUGCCCGCGAGGAUGGGUGUUCGUGUGUUUGUCGCUUCGUCCUCGGGCUCGGUGGCGAUAAAGAAGAAGCAGCAGGAUGUGGUUAGAUUUCUGGAAGCCAACAAGAUAGAGUUUGAGGAGGUGGACAUCACAAUGUCAGAAGAACAGAGGCAGUGGAUGUACAAGAACAUCCCCCCAGAAAAGAAGCCUGCUCAGGGAAACCCUCUGCCCCCUCAGAUAUUUAAUGGCAACCAAUACUGUGGAGAUUAUGACAGUUUUUUUGAAUCGAAGGAGAGCAACACAGUCCUUUCAUUCUUAGGCUUGAAACCCCGCUUGGCAUCAAAUGCAGAGCCUUAGGAGGGAAAAGUGGGAGGUGAUGGAGAUGCAUUUGGAACAACACCUCCUGGUACCCAGCAUACACCUGCUUACCUAACGCAUCACUGUGACAGAGGCCACAUGCUCCAUCAGUAACUUUGCUUGCCAUGGAAAUGGUGUCUUGGAAGAUGUGGGUAUAAUGGGACUUGCAUGAUUGCUUUAAACCAAAUCAGGACUGUGGUGGGUUUGGAAUUUUUUUCUUCUUUUCAGAUUGACCUGCAGUUGUCUCACCCGAAAGUACUGUUACCUAUGAUAGGUGUGCUUCUUUUAGUAACUGAUAUAUAAGCAGGGACACCAUGAGGGAGAAAAUGCUGGAUCUGCCUGUGUUGUAACAGAUAAUGGUGUUAUAACAGCUCACUUCUUUGUGAGCUUCCUAGAUUGCAUCCUUGACAUUAUCUGCCAGGCUAUUAGAAUCUGAAAGAGAAAGAAAAAAAGCAGUGCUGGUUGAAAAAGACCAUUGAAGAUUUUUGCUGCAGAACCACAGACAUCACUCUUCCAGUGCGUUAUAACAACACGUUGAAAACAUUGUUCUAGAGUUUGUUUUUUUAAUGGAAAACUCUUAUCCCCAUGAAUCCUCGAAACUCCUGCACACUUCCAAAAUCAUUGUUGUAUUAUAAAAUCAUUGCCACCAAGAAAUGAAAAUAAUUGCUAGUUUGGAAAAUAUAUGCUUCUUUUAUCUCUUGCAAGGGGGAAAGUUUCACCUAAACAUACAGGACUGCUUGAAAGAUACAUUUUAAGAGGUGCACAAACUGGAUAGUAAAUUUAUAGGGAAACUGUCAGAUCAGUAUCUGAAGGCAGUUUCAGCUGUAGCAAUUCAUAUAUACAUAAGUGCACAUAUAUUUUUAAAAUGCAGCUCCCCUAAUAGCUGUGUAUUCUAUUUUGUGAAGGGAUUCUAUUUUUUUGAGAAAGGAAGAUCUCAGUUAGAUGUAUUUUAUGAACCCUUGAUGAGGCAUAUUAAACUAAUAUUGCUGUACAAUUAAUUUUUUUUUCCUGUGUUACUUUUCAUUGUUCCUCUACUUGGCUAAUGUUUUUUCCAGUACACAGUCUUGGACUUUUCCGAGUAGUACAGAAACACGUUCUUGUUCCUUCUAUAAGUAGAGUGAGGGUCCAGAGCAGUGAGUGUGAGGAAGGGCUCUCCAGAAAGUAGCUCUGAAUUGCACUUGGCGAGCAGAAUCUCCCCCAGCUGCAGUGGGUGCUGAUAAACACUGAACAUGUCUACUUCAGUAGCGCAGAGACUAUUUUCUGUGUCCUUACAUUUUUUUAGAGUUUGAAAUUGCCAAACCUGGGAACACCCUUGACUAGGAUAAACUCAAAGGGUUGACUACAGUACUGAACUAUUCCAGCCAUCCUGAUGCUAGUCCUUUUAGUACGAUUGUGAGAAGGAAAUUUAUGAGAGCAGAUGAGUUAGAGCCCCCUCCCCCAUCUCCCACUUCAUGCCUUGCCAGGUGUAGACAUUCCGUAAAACUUUCUGAGUGCUAAAGCUGAAACCCCUGAGACUUACAGUCCAGAUUACAAUCAGAAGAGCAAGACAGAGUUCUUCUGGCCUAGAGUCCACAAUUUUCUCUCCCAGGAAAGUUUUAUGUCAAAUCAUGGAUGUUCCUGAUUAGUUGGUGUUAAAACAAGAUCCAGGUCAAAUUCCAUUUUUUAAAUCCCAGGAACUAUCCAGGAAUUUUUUUUUCCUAACUGGAUAUUGUGUUUGAGUAUGUAAGUCUUCUGAGAAUACUUAAAGUUUCUUUUUAAGAUUCAACAGUUUUAAAAAUUGUUGUGUUGUAAUUCCCCACCUUGCGUUCUACUCUUACGAAUGAGUGCUGAAGACCAGUUUGGUAAGAUUAAAACUUUGUAAGUUUUGGGAUCAUAGGUCAAUACCAUCCUUGCUAGACAGAGGAAGUGACCCAGAUUUUCCUUAGUAACUUUUGGAUUAACCACACAUACCUAGUAUGAGUAUAUUAUACCGGAUGGAUAACAGUGCUAAAGUACUACAAUUUUUAUGUAUCAUCUUCUUAUCACAGUUUUUUGUUUGUUUUUGGAUCAUCAAAGAACUACAAGAGAAUAGCCUUCAGGACUUCCUGUACUUGUUACGGAGGAAGAACCACCGCAGUGGUAUUUACUGAGGUAGCCAGGCCCCGCAGAGUCCCGAAGCAUUGCCCUUGGGGACCAUUCCAUGUUCAGAGAAUAUUGUGUCCUUACUUGUAUUCUUUUACCAGCUGAAUUCCAAAAACGAAAUAAUGAUUUUUUUCUUAUUCCCUUGAACUAGCUGCCUUUAUUUAGAUUUUGAUAAUCACAGUCUUAAAAACCUAGGAAAGAAGUGGAUUUGUAGGCAAACAUGUAACAUCAAGGGCAUUCCAGGCAGAAUUUUAAUUUCCUGUAGUAAGCUUUUUGGGACAAAGGAAGCAUGAUACGAAAAAUCAAAAUAUGCCAUUUAUAAAAUAGAUAAAAUAUAGAGUGCCAUCCUGCUAGGUGUAUGCAGACAAGAAGAAAAGUAGUUGGGAAAAUACUUCAAAUUCUGGUAUUUUAUUAAAAUCAAAGGGAAGAAAAAGAAGAUAUUUUGCCCCUGGGCUCUAAUAUAUUUUAGGUUUGUUUCUGUUUUAUAGAUUUAAUUCAACAUUCAUACCUAGAUGUUUUUAUAUUACAUGAGUUUAAUAAUGAACUAAACUUGUUUUUGAUUACUGAAAGGUACCAAAGGUCUUCCUGUUUCGAUUGUUUCAUUAUGUUUGAUUUUAUUGUGGGGUUUUGCUUGGUUUAACAGCUUCUCUUAAAUGUCAGAACCCACUUCUGUCUGUAUAAUUAUUGUUUUUAGAUUUCAGUUUGUAUGUGUUUGUCUCUAAAGGCAUUGGUGAAAUCACAGAUGUUAUGUUAAGCAUUAAAGGGGAAUAAAUUCCAGAAAAGACACAUUCUGAAAGUGGAGUUUCUGUUUCCGGCCAUUUCUCAGACUGUCCCUAGUUCCAGUUCUUGGUUCAGCUGAAUUCUUUCUGUUUAGGUGAGAAGCUGCUCCCCUCCAUGAAUCCCAUGCAUGAGAACUGCAGAUUCCUUGGUAAAAACACAGGCAUUAUGUGACCGCUGAGGAGCCUCAUGUGUGUCACGGGAGUCGUGCCAGAUAAUGGCCAGGCCACGGGUGCAGCGAAGCACCAGCAUGGGAAGGCUUGGAUGGCCAAGUGCAGCCACACCUGCUGGGUGUGGCACUUUGUUGCUUGCAAAAGCAAGGUCAGGUGGCCAGGACUCCUUUGGUAGGUUCCCUCUGAGGAAGCUGCUACCUCUGGAAGCAGAAGAAAACAUUUUUAAAGGGAGUGUUGAGCCUGAUCUCAUCACUGUGCUAUUUCAAACUUUUAAACCCUCAGGAACGGUAGAGGAAAGGUUCAAAGGGAACAAACUGUACAUUUGCACAAAUGUACUAAAUCACAAACCCAGAUAAGCAAAGUGGUCACUGCCUGCUUGUGACCCAGAUGGCCAGACUUUUCCUAGGUCUGGAAAUGCCUGUCAUGUUAAUUUGGUCAUCCUUACCAUCCGCAUGUAUUGAGCCCCUAGAAUGUGAUGGUUCCCCAGAGGAGGACAGUAGUGUCCAUCAUCAGGGAUGAGAGAAGUGAACACAGAUGCAGCAGUUACAGCAGGAGUCAGUGAAAGAGUUAAAUUCUAACACUUCAGGCUACGGUACAUCAUCUCAAACGGUGUCUAUAAUCCCUUUGUUGCUGCCGUUGUUAAAACCAUCCCAGCUUUUAAAAUUUCAUAUAUGUACAGAUGCAUUCAUGUGCAUUGUAUGUAUUUAUAUGCUAAAGUAUAAAGAGUAGUAACGACAAACAAACCCUGUGUGUGCCUGCCGCUACCUAUGCCUUUCCUUUGGGGCACUGUGCUCUCCCUGCCUGUCUGAUCCAAGUCCCAUCUUGUGCUUGUGUUGACCGUAGCCUUCCUGUCCUUGAUCAUUCUGCUUCCAUGUAUGUAUACUUAAAGGGUAAUAAAUGGAAUUAAACCAGA